CCUCCACCCCCAGGGACCCCGGAAUCCGCGCCCGCACCCCGGGUACUCGAGUCUAGAUGCCGGCCCCCAGCAUUGCCUCCCCGGCGCGCGCACCCCCAGCCCCCGGCAUCCGGGCCCCUGAGCCCCCUCCCGGCCCAGGACUCCCAGCCUUCCCAUCCCGGCCUCUCCCAGCCUCUGGCCGCCCGGGCACCCACACUCCAUUUCCGGGGCCUGCGGACUCUGCCUCCCACCCCCUCCUCGCUGGCACCGGGGACCGUGUCCUGGCCCCUCCCGGCAGGCUCCGGCUGGGCCCCCCCCGGAGGAAAAGCGCUUCAGCGACUUUGCCCCCCGCUUCUUCUGUCUGUCCCCGGCUCGGUCUCCCUGUCGCUCCCUCGCUCCAUCCUGCCCGUUUCUUCUGUCUGUCCCCGGCUCGGUCUCCUCGCUCCAUCCUGCCAUGGUCCCGCUGGCCUCUGUGCUGGCCCCAUCUCUGCCUGCAUCUCUUUGUUUUCUCUCCAUCUCUGUCUCUGCUGGGUGUCCCCAUCUCUCGCCUGCUUUCUGCUUCUCGCCGUCCCAUCUUCCUGCUGCUCCAGGUCUCUGCCUCUCACCCCGGCCCCUUUCCUGCGUCUGUCUCUCCCUCUCUGGCCCCGCUCAGCCUCUGACCCUCUGUCCAUCGCUCUGUCUCUACGUUUCCGCACGGCCCCACACCCCACCCCGAGCCCCCCGCAACAAUAUCUCUGUCUCUUCCCUUUCUCUUUACAGACAUGGAUCCGCAGCCCCCUCCACCAGCCCAGGGCAGCCCACCUCACCGGGGCCGGGGCCGGGGCCGGGGCCGAGGCCGUGGGCGGGGCCGGGGCCGGGGCCGGGGGGGCGCUGGAGCCCCCCGGGCGCCCCUGCCCUGCCCCACGUGUGGCCGCCUCUUCCGCUUCCCCUACUACCUCUCUCGGCACCGGCUGAGCCACUCGGGCCUGCGGCCCCACGCCUGCCCCCUGUGCCCUAAGGCCUUCCGCCGGCCGGCCCACCUCUCCCGCCACCUGCGUGGCCACGGGCCGCAGCCCCCGCUGCGCUGCGCCGCCUGCCCGCGCACCUUCCCCGAGCCGGCGCAACUCCGGCGCCACCUGGCCCAGGAGCACGCAGGAGGCGGCGUCGAGCUGGCCAUCGACAGGGCGGCCAAGGAGGCAACUGAGUCCAGCUGGGGCCCGCAGGACAAGGCCGCCGAGCAGCCGCCCGGCGCCGGAGCCGAGGAGGAAGACGCGGCGCCAGAGGAGGCGGCAGCAGCGCGGCCCGAGCCGUGGGCCGCGGGGGAGCCGGGCACGCCAGCAGCCGCCUCGAGCGCGGGAGCCCGCGAGCCAGAGGGGGCCGGGGCUGAGGCCGAGGCCGGGGCGGCGGAGCUCAGGGCCGAGCUGGCGCUGGCAGCCGGGCGGCAGGAGGAGAAGCAGGUCCUGCUGCAGGCCGACUGGACGCUGCUGUGUCUCCGCUGCCGGGAGGCCUUCGCCACCAAGGGCGAGCUCAAAGCGCACCCGUGCCUGCGCCCCGAGGGCGACCAGGAGGGCGAGGGGGGCCCCCCGCCGCGCCCCAAGCGCCACCAGUGCUCCAUCUGCCUCAAGGCCUUCGCCAGGCCCUGGUCGCUGUCCCGCCACCGGCUGGUCCACUCCACCGACCGCCCCUUCGUGUGCACGGACUGCGGCCUGGCGUUCCGCCUGGCCUCCUACCUCCGCCAGCACCGCCGCGUCCACGGCGCACUCAGCCUGCUGGCCCCGCUGCCCGCGGCGGCCAAGAAGGACGACAAGGCGGUGGCGGCGGGCAGCCGGACCUCAGGGAGGGGGCCAGAGGGGAGCGAAGGGGCAGAGGGUGGGCCGGGCGGGCAGAACGGAGGCGAGGCGGCCCCGGCCCGGGCCCCAGCCGGCGAGCCCCGCUUCUGGUGCCCUGAGUGCGGCAAGGGCUUCCGGCGCCGGGCGCACCUGCGGCAGCACGGGGUGACCCACUCGGGUGCGCGGCCCUUCCAGUGCGUGCGCUGCCAGCGGGAGUUCAAGCGGCUGGCUGACCUGGCCCGCCACGCGCAGGUGCACGCGGGGGGCCCGGCCCCGCACCCCUGCCCGCACUGCUCGCGCCGCUUCUCCCGCGCCUACAGCCUGCUGCGCCACCAGCGCUGCCACCGCGCCGAGCUGGAGCGGGCCGCCGCCGCGCAGCAGGCGCUGCAGGCCCCGGCCUCACCACCUCGUGCCCCGCUGCCCCCCGCAGGCCAGGAGGCCGAGGGGCUCCCGCUGCCCCUCGCCCAUAUCAAGGAAGAGCCGCCGUCCCCGGGGUCCCCGCCCCAGUCGCCAGCGGCGGCACCCCCUGUCUUCCUCAGCGCCUCCUGCUUCGACAGCCAAGACCACUCGGCCUUCGAGAUGGAGGAAGAGGAGACUGAGAGCAAGGCUCACCUGCACGGUCUGGGGGGCCUGGCCUCCUGACCCGCACCCACCCCCUCAGCCCCACCGUGGGAGCUGCCCCCCCC